CUUUCUUUUCCCAUUUCCCAAAUCAGGCACUUGGAUAUUUCAUCAUCCAAUCUUUAGAAAAAGGAAAUCGAAGAAAUCAAGAAGAAAAGAAAAUGGCUUCCAACAAUGAAGAACAGCAACAAAACCAAGCAGGCAGACACCAAGAAGUUGGCCACAAGAGUCUUUUGCAAAGUGAUGCUCUUUACCAGUACAUACUUGAGACAAGUGUGUACCCAAAUGAGCCUGAACCAAUGAAGGAGCUAAGAGAGCUAACUGCUAAGCAUCCCUGGAAUAUCAUGACUACAUCAGCUGAUGAGGGCCAAUUCUUGAACAUGCUAUUGAAACUUAUCAAUGCUAAGAACACCAUGGAGAUUGGUGUCUACACUGGUUACUCUCUUCUGGCUACUGCUCUUGCUCUUCCUGAUGAUGGAAAGAUCUUGGCCAUGGACAUAAACAGAGAGAAUUAUGAACUUGGUCUGCCUGUUAUCCAAAAAGCUGGUGUUGCUCACAAGAUUGAAUUCAGAGAAGGCCCUGCUAUGCCUGUUCUUGAUGAAAUGGUUGCAGAUGAGAAGUACCAUGGAUCCUUUGACUUCAUAUUUGUGGAUGCCGACAAGGACAACUACCUGAACUAUCACCAGAGAUUGGUAGAAUUGGUGAAAGUUGGAGGAGUGAUAGGGUACGACAACACCCUAUGGAAUGGAUCUGUGGUUGCACCACCCGAUGCACCUUUGAGGAAAUAUGUUAGGUAUUACAGAGACUUUGUUUUGGAACUUAACAAGGCACUUCCUGCUGACCCUAGGAUUGAGAUUUGUAUGCUACCAGUUGGUGAUGGAAUCACUCUCUGCCGUCGGGUUAAGUGAUAAUGGGCUGGCCCAGCAAAGUCAAUUGGCAAUUUUAUCUAAUGUUGACCGAUUGUUUAAUAAUCGGUGAUGCAUAAAACAAGCUAUAUGUAUCAAUUUUUAUCUUUCUUUUCCCCCUUCUAUUUUAUGCUUCAAUAUUUGUAACUAAAAGAUGAUCAAUGGCUCAUGAUUUAAGAAAAUUUAUUUUCUAAUUAAA